UCAGGGUCAAGGCCAUGGACAUCUGGAACCACACCUCACUAUCAGACUUUAUCCUUUUGGGCCUGUUCAGCUACUCACCAUAUGACUUCUUCCUAUUUUCCCUUGUCCUUCUGGCCUCUGCUGCAGCCCUGGCCGGCAACAUCCUCUUCCUCCUGCUCACCCAGGCUGACAGGCGCCUGCACACCCCCAUGUACUUUUUUCUCAGCCAGCUCUCCAUCAUGGACCUGACCAUAAUGGGCGCAGUGGUGCCCAAGAUGGCAGCCAACUUCCUCUCGGGAAGUAAGUUCAUCUCUCGGGGUGGCUGUGCCACUCAGGUCUUCUUAGUGGUCACGGUAGCAGGGGCUGAGUGCUCCCUCCUGGCAGUCAUGGCCUAUGACAGGUAUGUGGCCGUGUGUCUCCCUCUGCGGUACCCUGUGCUCAUGAACUGGAAGGCCUGCUGCCUGAUGGCCUUGGCAUCCUGGAUGGGUGGAGUGGCUGACAGUGUGAUUGAUGUAGGGAUGGUCUUCAGCUUCCCCUACUGUGGCUCUCUCCAGGUGGACCACUUCUUCUGUGAGGUCCCUGCCGUGCUGCGUCUCUCUUGUGCAGACACAUCCCUCUUUGAGGACCUCAUCUAUGCUUGCUGCGUGAUCAUGCUGCUGCUGCCCCUGGGGGUCGUUGUGGCUUCCUAUGCCCGGAUCUUCAUGGCUGUAAUUAGCAUGACCUCCACUGAGGGGAAACAGAAGGCUCUGUCCACGUGCUCCUCCCACCUGGCUGUGGUGGGUCUUUACUAUGGGGGAACCAUAUUUAGCUACAUGCAGAGAGCCUCUGCUAGGACUCCAGUGGGGGACCGAGCCACCUCCAUCUUCUAUACCAUCCUCACCCCAAUGCUCAACCCACUCAUUUACAGCCUGAGGAACAAGGAGGUAAUGAGGGCCUUGAAGAAGAUGUGGAAGAUGCAGGGGAGAUAG